AUGAAAAUUAAUCAUAUAGAAGAUAACAAACGAAAAAUGUUAAAGAUUAAUUAUGGUAGUUUAGAAAACAAUGGAAUCGAUUAUGAAAAGAGAAAUCAAACUAGAUUCCCACAUGAUAUUACCAUUCAAGACUGUAGAGAUGCUAUCAAGGGUGUACCAGGAUUCCGUGAGACCAACAAAAACGGUAUGAUUUGCUUCAACUAUGAUUUCUCAACUAGACAAUCCUUCCCAGACCCAUUGACAGCCGAGGAUGCUCGUAGUUCAUUCUUGUACAAGGUGCGUCGUGAAUGUCGUGGAAUCAUUUUUGAGCAAUCGACAGGUGCUCUCGUUUGUAGAAAAUUCCAUAAGUUCUUUAAUAUCAACGAAUUAGAUGAAACACAUCAAGAUAAAAUCAAUUUGGAGGGUGAGAAGUAUAUUAUUUUGGAAAAGUUGGAUGGUAGUUUGAUCGCUCCAAUCUAUUCGUCGAAAGAAAAUAAGGUGACAUGGGGUUCAAAGGCCGGAGCAACUGAUCUUUCGGCCAAGGUCGAUAAGUAUAUCGCUUCGCAAGCCGACACCAUCAAGUACGGUGAGUUCUCAGAGUUGUGGUUGAAGAAGGGAUACACUCCAAUGUACGAAUGGUGCUCUGAAUCACAGAGAAUCGUAUUGUACUAUGCUCAGGAUUUGUUGAGUUUGACAGCGAUCCGUUCGAUCAAGACCGGUGAAUAUAUUUUGUACGAUGAAAUGGUAGAGUCGGCCAAGCAAUUCAAUGUUCCAGUGACCGGUGCCAUCGAGCAGCACAAGGUGUUUGGUGGAGGUGCCCGCACUGCCGCCGAACUCUUGGAACAGGUACAAAAGAUGCGUGAUAUCGAAGGAUACAUCUUGCGUUUCGACGACGGACGUGUCUUCAAGAUGAAGUGCGCAUGCACCAUUCACUCGAUGAAGAAGACAUCGACCAACUGCAGAAAGGAUAUCAACAACGAUAAGAGCAUUCAGCCAUGGUUCAAGAAACUCUUGUUCCAGUUCAUCGACGAGAUCGAUUGUGAAGAGGAUCCAGCUUCCUACAUGUCGGCCGUCUCCAAAUAUAUCAUCUAUAUACUCAAGAAUCAGUGUGGAUCAGCUUCAAAGUUAGAUGAAGGAAGAAAGGUUUUAGGUGGACUUAAAUUUGUUGAACAAUUUUGA